AUGAGUACUGAUAUAAAAAAAUUCGAAAAUGAAGAUAAUGCAUUAUUUAAGAUAAAAAAUGAAAUUAAUAUACUUGAAAGUGAAUUGAAAAAUUGGUUUAUUAAAAGAAGAUUAAACAUGGAAUUAAAUUAUUCUUUAAAAAAACUUUUUGAUAAUUAUAAUUUUGUUGGGUUAUCAAUAAAUAAUAAUAUUAAUUUGAAGGAUAAAAUGCUAUGGUAUGAUAUAGUAAAUGGUAAACCUGAAUUAGAAGACAAUUUAAGUAUAGAUGCAAAAGAAUAUAAAGCAGAUCAAUAUAAUAAUAUGUGGAAUAAAAGUACCACAGUAGAUAAUCCUUGUAGAUUAGUAGGAUCUAUUUACUUCCGUUGUUUAAAAAAUAAUUAUCAAUUGAACAAAGCUGAUAGAGAAUAUAAAUGUCUUCAUAGCUUUAUUAAUUUUAACAACUGUAGAAAAGCCUUAAAAUUACAACAAGCCAAUAAUAUAAAAAAUUCUUUAAUAAAACAAAACCUAGAAGAUACUAAUGCAAAGGCUCUAUUUGAAAGAAGAAGUUUAUUACUAGAUAUGAUAGAGGAUCAUAAAUAA